GAAAAGAACGAGGUAGCCAAUAGUCCAAACUUACCAAAACUUAAAACUCUAGUUCUUUUGUCGAUAGAACAAGAACACACAAACACGCACUGCUUCCAUUGGUGACUCCGUUCGACUAUCUGCAGGGUUUCAUUGCAGGUUUUUUUUUUCUUGGUGGCUGUAUUUCUGUUAUCAAUAAUAUGAGUUUCAGUGGCCCUUCUCUUGGUUCUGGUGGAAGAACUGCCAGAAGGGUAUUUGAGUUUGGAAGAACAUAUGUGGUGAAACCUAAAGGCAAACACCAAGCAACCAUUGUAUGGUUACAUGGCCUUGGUGAUAAUGGUUCAAGUUGGUCCCAGCUCUUGGAGACUCUUCCUCUUCCAAAUAUCAAAUGGAUAUGCCCUACUUCACCUUCUCAACCAUUAACCUUAUUCGGCGGCUUUCCCACAACUGCAUGGUUUGAUGUAAGUGACCUAUCUGAAGAUGCACAUCAAGAUGUAGAAUCAAUGGAUGCUUCUGCAGCACAUGUAUUGAGUCUCUUAUCUACUGAGCCUCCUAAUAUCAAACUUGGUGUAGGAGGGUUUAGUAUGGGAGCAGCAACUGCUCUAUAUUCUGCAACAUGUUUUUCACAUGGAAAAUUUGGAAAUGGAAACUCAUACUCUACUCAUUUGGAUGCAAUUGUUGGCCUUAGUGGUUGGCUUCCAUGUGCAAAGGAUCUGAGUAACAAGGUGGAAGGGGAGGAAGCUGCAAAUCGUGCUUCAUCCUUGCCUGUUUUACUUUGUCAUGGCAAAGCUGAUGAUGUGGUACGCUUUCGUUUUGGCGAGAAGUCGGCACAAAAAUUAACUUCAACCGGCUUCAAAAACCUCACUUUCAAAUCCUAUGACUCGCUUGGACACUAUACGAUUCCUGAAGAGAUGGACGAGGUUUGUUCAUGGCUAACUUCAAAAUUGGAGUUGGAAGGGAAGUAGUGAUUUUUGAUGAUUUGAGAAAAAAGAAAAAAGAAAAACAAUAUCUACUUAUGUAAAGUAUUGUUUUUUUCUUUUGGGUGUUUUAAGUUGGGAAAAAUUUGUAAUGUGUAGGAGAGUUAAUUAGAUAUAUUUUAUGAUGGAAUCUUGUUACUUGUAUUUCUUGAUGUGGAUUCUUGAUUUUUAAGCUUCGGUCUACAUUGGCUGAGUUUACUUUAAGGACUUGUGGAUUUGCGUAUAAAAAUAUGAAAAAAAGAAUGGGAAUAUUUUGUUUGA